AUGACAACUGGGCGCAAGCAGACCAUCACAGUGAGGAAGAAGAAGAUGCAGAAGCGACUGCUUUCUGACACACUCAAGAACCUUCACAGGAAAUUUGGAUCCGGAAACUCAGACAACGUGUCAUACUGUCUUUUUUGUGCAUGUCGGCCAUUUUGGGUCGUGGCCCCUACUGAUGCUGAUCGGGCCACGUGCCAGUGUAAAACCCAUGAAAACCUCCAGUUCAUGGCUGACACCCUCUACAGCCAUGGGAUUGUCGUCUCCAAGAAUAUUGAGGAGAUGGUUGACCGCACUGUCUGUGCCACAGAAAUGAAAGCUUGCGCCUAUGGUGAUUGUGUAGAGUGCCGCCUCACCACUCACCCAACCCUGAAAUCAGCCACAGAGGAAAUUGUACAAGUUGUACAAUGGUCUACUGAAAGGACAGCGAUCUGGGCUCACCUGGAGCCUGUCCUGGAGAUGGUGAAGACCAAGUGUCCAAAGGUGGAAAGGCUUCAUUUCUACAGUGAUGGCCCAGCAACCCAGUACAAGCAAAAGGGAAACUUUUAUUUUCUCUCCACUGAGCCAUUCAGGCUUGGUUUCAAAGAACUGACCUGGAAUUUCUUUGAGGCCAGCCAUGGCAAAGGAGCUCCAGAUGGCAUCGGAGGGACAUUGAAGCGGUCAGCGGACCGAAUUGUGCGCUUGGGGGAAGAUGUUCCAGAUGCCAUCACUCUUUUCAAAAAACUCAAGAGACUGGAAUCAACAGUGGAGCUCUUCUUUGUCAGUGAAGAGGAAGUUGAAGCAAAAACAGAGGUCCCUGCUCUGACACCUAUUAAGGGCACAAUGAGGAUGCACCAGGUGAUCAGCGUCUUACCUGGGCAUAUCAAGUACAGGGACAUCAGUUGUUUCUGUCAGAGGCAGGAUGGUCCACUGGAUUGUGCCUGCUUCGACCUGAAAGUAGCUACUGUGAAUGGAGUUCCUGUGACCCCCCCAAAUCAGAAUGAAGAGAACCCAUGGCGACCAGCGGCAGUUGACAGCACACACAUUGGAGGGUGGUGCGUCAUUAAGUAUGACGAUGAUGUGUACCCUGGCAUCAUCAUGGACGUGGAGGGCGAUAGCAUUCAAGUGAAGUGCAUGCAUAGAAAUGGAGUAAACAAAUACUUCUGGCCAAGACCACGUGAAGAUGUCAGCUGGUAUGCAGAGGAACAACUUCUCUGUCUUAUACCAGAGCCAAAGGCACUCAACAAGCGCUCAGUCCAACUUGAGAAGCUUACAUGGAAGUACCUAGAAAAUAACUUUAUGUAAACUAAAAAUGUACUCGAAGUUAUGCACGAUGAUCAGAGCUCUUGGUUAAGGUGUUCAGGCUACCAAACCCAGUGGUGUUCCACAAGCCACUGGUGGUGGCAAAAAACGAGCAUGAUUAUAGUUGGCCUCAGCAAAGUGCCUCAUAAAGCCUUUGCCUACCUGUUUGAGCCCUCCAAGUUUUGGUGUUGGCCUUU